AUGAUUACAAAAAACUUAACGAGACAAGGAUGGGAUGUUUUAAAAAGCAAUUUGUUUAGAGAGAAAGCACGAAAACAUAUUUCUAAUCUUCUCCGUCUCUAUCACUAUCUGUAUCUCUCCCCCGUUUGCACACAUUCUCUCUUUCUCUCUCUCUCUUUCUCUCUACCCCACUCUCUCUCUCUCUCUAUCUCUCUCUCUCUCUCUCUCUCUUCGUUUUCUGUCUAUUUCUAUUUAUUUCUAUUCUUUCAUUUUCCAGUGCCAUUUUCUGUUAACACCCUCUUUCUCUCCCGUUACAAUCUUCCCCUCUCUCUCUCUUUCUCUCUCUCCCUCCCUCCCAAAAUUGAAAUCUUCAGAUCUAUACAUUUCGCUCUCAACCUCUCGUUACACUAUCUAUCUAUCUAUCCUUCUCAGCCUGUUUAUUAUCUAUCUCAGUCUUCUCAUUAUCUAUCUAUCUAUCUAUCUAUCUAUCUAUCUAUCUAUCUAUGUCAACUUGUUUCUAUCUACCACAGUUUUUCUUAA